CUCGGUGCUGCAGUCAGUCACAGAUUCCCUCGCUGCCACCAAAAGGGACCCACAACUGACACACAAAACAAAUGCUAAGGUGUCUUUUUUAGCGACACAUGAGGACAUACUCUCCGUUUUUGGGGGCGUUUCCCACGCGAGGCGGAUGCCGAGGAGUGUGUGUGUUUUUUAGGGAGUAAUAUGGAUGAGCAAGCCAAGAGAAGAGGCUGAGGAUUUUUCUUUUCACGUUUUUUUUUUCUUCUUCGGGUGAAGCAGUUUGGCGACCGUCAGAGGGCUCGUGCAGCUUUACUUUGCGACGACGACCGAAGGGGCAACAAGCAUGACUUUACAGUAGCGGAUCAAACCGAGAACAACCCACCCUGCAUGCAUCUGCCUCGUUUUCUUCUCACUCGGUGAUAUCAUUUUCAGUUGAAGAACGUGUCUUAUUUUUUAUUUCUUUGUCCGGGCAAAGAUGGCUCACCUAAUACGACACAAGCUCUCCAACAAGCUGACCAACGCGGCCCACACGGUCUCCAACAAAUCCCAGGCCAAGGUCAGCGGGGUGUUCGCCCGACUGGGCUUCCAGGCCGCCACGGAUGAAGAGGGAGUGGGCUUCGCCGAGUGCGACGACUUGGACUACGACUACAGGCACGGGAUGCAAAUGGAUGUCCUCCAGGGAGAAGAGGAAGGGGGCCAGCUGGAGGGAGAGGGGGAGCUGGACGGAGACAGUCACUACCAGAGGGACGGCACCGGCCGUGGGCCCUCGUCCUUAAAGACGGGCGGCUCGCUGGAUGAGGACAAACCACAAAUCACGACGUGGGAAGCGGGCUGGAACGUCACCAAUGCCAUUCAGGGCAUGUUCGUCCUCGGCCUGCCUUACGCCAUCCUCCACGGCGGCUACCUCGGUCUCUUCCUCAUUAUCUUCGCGGCCGUCGUGUGCUGCUACACCGGGAAAAUCCUCAUCGCGUGUCUGUACGAGGACAACGAGGACGGCAUCAAAGUGCGCGUUCGGGACUCCUACGUCGACAUCGCCAACGCCUGCUGCGCGCCCCGCUUCCCGGCGCUGGGCGGCCACGUGGUGAACGUGGCCCAGAUCAUAGAGCUGGUCAUGACCUGCAUUCUUUACGUUGUGGUCAGCGGCAAUUUGAUGGUCAACAGCUUCCCGGGCUUCCCGAUCUCCCAGAAGGCGUGGUCUGUGCUGGCGACGGUCGCGCUCCUCCCUUGCGCGUUCCUGAAGAACCUCAAGGCCGUUUCCAAGUUCAGCUUGCUCUGCACUGUCGCGCACUUCAUCAUCAACAUCCUCGUGAUCGCCUACUGCCUCUCGCGGGCGCGCGACUGGGCCUGGGACAAGGUCAAGUUUUAUAUCGACGUGAAGAAAUUCCCCAUUUCCAUCGGCAUCAUAGUGUUCAGCUACACCUCCCAAAUCUUCCUCCCCUCCCUGGAGGGAAACAUGCAGAAGCCCAGCGAGUUCCACUGCAUGAUGGAGUGGACUCACAUAGCAGCCUGCGUCCUCAAGGGCCUCUUCGCCCUGGUGGCCUACUUGACUUGGGCAGACGCCACCAAAGAGGUCAUCACAGAUAACCUGCCUUCAACCAUCCGGGCCGUGGUGAACCUCUUCCUCGUCUCCAAGGCGCUGUUGUCUUACCCGCUGCCGUUCUUUGCUGCAGUCGAGGUUCUGGAGAAAUCCUUUUUCCAGGAUGGCGGGAGAGCCAUCUUCCCUGACUGCUACGGGCCAAACGGGCAGCUGAAAUCCUGGGGUCUGGGACUCCGAAUUGGCCUGGUCGUCUUCACUUUGCUCAUGGCCGUCUUUGUCCCCCAUUUUGCCCUCCUAAUGGGUUUAACUGGGAGCCUCACGGGCGCUGGGCUGUGCUUCCUCCUGCCAAGCCUCUUCCACCUGAAGCUCCAGUGGCGGAAUCUCCUGUGGCACCACGUCUUCUUCGACGUUGCCAUUUUUGUUAUUGGGGGCAUAUGCGCCAUAUCUGGCUUCAUUCACUCAGUUGAAGGACUCAUAGAGGCGUACAGGUACAAUAUCCACGACUGAUGUGCUGAAGUUGUCGUGACGCCGGACAACCAAAACAUCACUUGACAAAGAAGCUCAUGAGGAUGAUUAUUUGUGUGAAAUGUACAUCUUUUUUUAUUUUGCCUUUGUGAUAAUGUGCAAUAAUAAACUCUUCAAUCAUAGUAUUAAGUAUUCUACUCAUUCCAGAAAAUGUGUUUUAUUGACUGGACAGAGGAAUACAGCCUCCGCAUGAAAGGGGGGAAUAAAUACAGUAUGUGGGCAUUAACAAGCCGGUCCAGGUAUCAGUCUACAUGCAAAGUUGUCAAAGAUCCAGUGAAAGUGUCUACCAUGGGUCUUACUGUGUAUACGUGUUUAUAUCUGGGGAAUGAAAUAUGUGAAAAACAAUGGAGUGAAUAUGUAAUUAUUGGUUUUUGAGCUGCUCAAUAUAUCAUUAAUCCCACUGCAGAGAGAAAAUACCAAUGCACCCAUCAGAUCAGAGGGUGCUCUGUGGAAUAAACCAUUAAAAAAACGUAUGUGUAGCUGUUUAAACAACUUUAUUUCACUUUGUUUGCGUUUUUGUGCUUUAUUUUCCAUCUUAUUGCUAUAGUAGUCCUUGUUGGCUCAUUUGUUUUCUUGGUGUUUCGAGUGUCAUUCUGGAUGAAGUGAAUUCAAAGUGCAAGCAAGUGGGUCCUAACUGUGUUAUAUGAAAAAGAUGUCUGUCUGAUAAUAUUCUCUUCCUAUUGAACUUGUUAAUUGUGAUUUAAUGGAACUAACCAUGGUGUGUGAGAAAAAAAGAGUAUUUGUUGAAUUAAGAGAUAAAUAAAUUAAGUAUUUUAUGGCUGGUGA